AUAUAAAAUAUAACGUUGCAGUUAUUUUUAUUUUAUUUUUAUUUUUUUGCUCAUGGUGGCCCUGCGCAACCAUCUACCCACCGGUUCCGCCCGUAGCAGCGCUGCUGGUCCGAUCUUAUGAGUCACACCUCCGCUCUUUUCAGCAAUGCCUAACCCACGGAUUUCCAAUCCCUUGCUUGUUUAAAAUAGCUCGGUUGCUCCCUGCCGCUUCGACUAAUUCCUUAGGAACCGGUGGAUCCAGUUUGAUCCAUCUCUCGCUCUUCCUUGACUUUACAAAAGUGCAGUUGAGUCCUUCCCCGCGUCGGUGUCCCGCGCUGUCAGAGCGCACCGCGCAGGGCGCAGCGCGCAAUAUCAACCGGGUAUAGAUAUUAAACAACAACAACAAAAACAAUAACAAAGAGCCAAACGACGAGGGAUAAAAGGAAAGGAAAGCUUUAGAACGGGUGUGCGAGUGGACGGGACGCGCCAAAGAGCCAAAGACGCGCACCUGGGAUGGUGGAGACGCGCUCAUCCUUCGACUUCUCUUUUCUCAACUUGUUCAACACCAUUUUUUUAAUGUGUUGUUCAAGAUGCGCUUCCACCAGGCUGCUAUUGAAGAGGGGAAAAAUAUGCUGACUUGAAAAAAAAAAUAAAUAAUAAUCAUCCUUUUGUGAGAGCUCGCAGGUAAUUUUGACUAUUUGUUUUAUCAAAGGGAGGAGGAGACGAGCGCCCCCUCCUUCCCUUGUUCCUUGACUAAACUCAACAACUGGUUUUGAGAAGGGGAGACACUGGAAGCAUCUCCAAAGCAUCUGAAAUGGAGGCUCCGGAUGGCUACUGCACUAGUAAUGGCCAAUGUUCUCCCAUGAAGGAGAACUUAAAUAUGUUAGCAGAGGUGUCGACACCCAAUGGCCAGACAGUUUCUCAAGCUUCUAAUUCCCCAGAUGAAUGCACAAAAAUAAAACAAGAAGACGAUGCUGUCGAAGAGGAGUACAGCAGUAAUGCAGAACCUGAAGAAAUUGGUCAAACUGGAGAAGAAGGAGUGGGACUGGAUGAAGCCAUGACUAACAGCCCAAAUAACCAACAAGAUGGGUUGUCUCGCCCAUCUGUGGCACCCGACGCCAGAAAUCGGCAACCUAAUGGUGACAGGCCAUUCCAGUGCAACCAAUGUGGUGUCUCGUUCACCCAGAAGGGAAAUCUGCUGCGGCACAUCAAGCUGCACACAGGAGAAAAACCCUUCAAAUGCCCCUUCUGCAGCUACGCCUGCCGACGGCGCGAUGCCCUCACAGGUCAUUUGCGCACUCAUGCUGUUGGCAAACCACACCAAUGCAACUAUUGUGGGCGGAGCUACACACGAACUUCAUUGGAAGAGCAUAAAGAGCGCUGCCAUAAUUAUCUGCAGGGUAUCGGCAUGGAGCUGGGCGCCAACAGCAGCCCCUACACAGGUGAGGUUUCUAAAGAGUCAAGGACCAUAGCAGAGCCCAAUGCCAUGGCUGCUCUUGAUCGGCCGCCUGUUAUUGAAAGGCUGCAGAGCAAUGUGGAGAGGAAGAGCACACCCACACAGAAAUUUGUGGGUGAAAAGGCGGUACGUUAUAAUUACCAUGAUCUACGCUAUGAGAUGGGCCUUAAGUAUGAGAAGCAUGAAUUGCCAGCCCACAUGAUGGACCCACCAAUCAGCAAUGCCAUCCCCUAUCUGGCAACAAACACCCUUAGACCAGUGAUGCACCACCCAGGUCCUCCUCUCUCUGUGGCCGAGAUGAUGCCCAUAGUCAACCCUCUUUUCCACCAUGUCCUUCCUUUGAAUCAUCGAACAGAGCCUCCAGGAAGUGGUGACCCGCUUCUGAACACACCACAUCAGCCACCUCAGACCCCUGAUUUCCCCAACCAUCCCACCUCAAAUGGCUCCAGUGUUUUACCCAGGCAUAGCAAACAACCCCAGGCAGGCCAAGAGGAAACUCCCAGCAACAGUGGAGUUGACUCAGCGGACUCUGCUCGCAGCAGCCCUCAGGAGAAGCAGAGUUACCAUGGCAGCAACCUCCCUCUGUGCCCUAGGUUGCAAGCUAGUCCAUCAGUGGUCUACUCAGCUGAUCGGUUGACAGAAGCAUCACAAAGAAGGGGUGGAAUGGUGACUGGGAUAAUGCGAAUUACUGCAGAAAAGCCUGUGAGCCAGGAAGGGGUACGAGUAUUGGACGGGAGGGGCCAGGAGUUGCGUGCCUUCCAGUGUGAACACUGCAGAGUGCUCUUUCUGGAUCAUGUCAUGUACACCAUCCACAUGGGCUGCCAUGGUUACAGAGAUCCAAUGGAGUGCAACAUCUGUGGUCACCGCAGCAAAGACCGCUAUGAGUUCUCCUCACAUAUAGUCCGUGGUGAGCACACCUUUCAGUAAGAGGACAGGGGGGACACAAAGAAGGAGAUGAAGCAGCAGCUUCGUACAGAGCUGUAUGUCGAUUCUGAUACGAGGACCUCUAAGACUGUACGGCUGAAUAGCAUUGAAGAUAAGUGUAGCACAAUCAUAAACGUCUUUUUAAGCUACUUGUGAACAAACUACACAUUUACAUGAAGGUAUGGGCCAAAGAUACAUUUUCUGUUUAAUUAAGAUUAAGGGAAGGAUUUGUUUUGCUUUUUUGUUUUUUUAGUUUUUUUUUUCUUUUCUAAAUGCUCUUUGAUUGUAUGACAGAACAACUGUCAAAAGACUUUUGAGGCUUUUUUAAUGUCGAGUUUGAAAGCGUCUCAUCUGAUCACUGCCCUGUGCCUUGAUCAUGUGCUUGUUGGGGUUCCAGAGUGAAUAUUUUUAGACUUGAUUGAGUCAUUAUUCCUAAAAUUAUUGGAACAUGCUCGAGCAGGCUCACUACAUUGUUAUACAAUUGUGAACUAAUCUCAAUUUGAUCAAAUGUAAACAUUUAGAAAACUGUGCCUUGUUAUUGAUUUGCACACCUUUGCAUAAUUUUAAUGAGCGGGCGGACAUACUGGGUUACCUAGCUUAGUGUCAGUGAUUGAAAAUGCAAACUUAAAAAUAAUAAUAAUAAUUGAAUAAAAUGAAAAUUAAUUCAGGCCUGAACAUGAAGUCAAACAAUGGAUGCAGUUUCUGACAAUUAAUAAUUUCUAUCAAGUGUUGAUGUACUCAUGUAAACUGAAGUUACAGAGAACUUUAAUCAGCUGCUGCUUGCUUUGCAACUUAACAGAGUUGAUGACCAUCAAAACAAUUAAUUCUGUAAGGGAAAGGAGGAUGAACACACACUGUAGUGAAUGGUUGUUGGCCGGUGACUGUACAAGAUGAAGUAAUUCUCAAUCUUUCUGUGUGUAGAUUAGAAAAUGUUUCAGAUUUCUGUGGUUGCUGAAAGAAGGCGAUAUAGGCCCUGUUGCUCACUGGUGCCAAUGCUUAUCUCCAGAUUAUGUAGUGUGAAACAGAUUUAUUUCAGUUUAUUUUCAUUUAUAUAGCGCCAAAUCACAACAAAGUUGCCUCAAGGUGCUUCACACAAGUAAAGUCUAACC